UGCUCCAGGGGAAGCAGCAGCGUGCGGAGCAGCUCUCCCCAUCCUCCCCCCCCCACUGCAGACCUGGGGGCUGACAUUAAGCAAGCUGCACGCCCCCUGCUCCUCACUGCCAAAACCAACAACCAGAAGUGCUCCUAUUACAGCGCUGGCACUCGCAGCGCUCAUUCAUUCAAGCUGAGACACUCGGAGCAUUUAUUAGGGGCUGCCCGAGGCUCCUCGCAGUCCCUGCUGCAGUCCCACUCCAGCCCAGCCCCAGCCUGGCUAUUCGCAGGAAGCAGCUGCAGAAUGCUGCCUGGAGGAGUGCUUUCUCUGCUCACGCUGUUCUGUGUUUUCAGGGCUUCUGCUUCUGUGCUGGAUGAAGACGACGACUACGAUCUCAUGUAUGUGAAUCUGGAUAACGAAAUCGAAGGUCCGGUUCUGGGCACUGAGGAAUCUGCCUCGUGUGACUGCCAGCGGGAGCACACGGAGUGGGACAAGCUCUUCAUCAUGCUGGAGAACUCACAGAUGAAGGAGAAUAUGAUGCUGCAGGCGCUGGAGGAUGGGCUGAAGGCAGACGUGCAGGCAGUCAGAGCAGAGCUGAGCCAACUCACCGUUGGCCUCACCGGCACCUUCAGCUCCGUGGUGCAGCAGCUCACCUCCCACGCCUUGGCCCAGCUGGAGCAGGCACUGCAGAGGAAAGGAGACCAACCUGAGGAUGCUGAGAGGCUCUGUGAGUUCCAGCAGGGCAAGGUUCUGGAGCAGGUCCUGCAGCUGAGCCACAACGUGUCUGCCAGGCUGGGCCAGCUGGAGAGCUCCUGGCUGAGAUGGGCAGAGGGGGAGGCCCAAGAAACAGCUUUCCAGCUCCAGCAGGACAAGCUCAGCCUCAACAGAGAGGACAACCUUCUCUUGAACACCUUAUGGAAAGAGCUGCAGCAGACCAGAGCUGAACUGAGGGCAUCUCAGAAGUGGGCUGCCCAGCACCUACUGCCAGCAGGCUAUGAAACAGCAAUUCUGUUCCCAAUGCGCUCCAGAAAGAUCUUUGGGAGUGUUCAUCCAACAGCUGCAAUGACCCUCUCCUCCUUCACCAUUUGCAUCUGGGUCAAAGCAACGGAGGUUUUGGACAAAACCAUCGUCUUCUCCUAUGGUACAAAACUCAAUCCCUACGAGAUUCAGCUGUACCUCAGCCAGCAGUCUGCAGUGCUCACCGUAGGUAAUGCCCAGCACAAGGUGGCUGCCAGGAAUGUGGUGGUUCCUGGGAAGUGGAUCCAUCUGUGUGGCACCUGGAGCUCGGAUAAUGGGACCGCAUCGCUGUGGGUGGAUGGAGCGCAAACGGCCACAGCUGUGGGCAUUGCUGACACUCACGUUGUUCCUGAUGGAGGAAUUCUGCAGAUUGGCCAAGAGAAGAACGGCUGCUGUGUCGGAGGAGGGUUUGAUGAAGCUUUGGCCUUCUCGGGAAAGUUAACAGGGUUGAACCUGUGGGACAGAGUGCUCAGCACCGAGGAGAUAGCAGCGCAGGGCGGAGAGGAUGCGUGCAGCUCCCGGGGCAACAUUGUGGGCUGGGGAGUCACGGAGGUUCUGCCAUAUGGAGGAGCUCAGUAUGUUUCUUAGGCCCCAGUAAAGCAGUUUCUGAAGCAGAGCACAUUUCGUUAAGAGCAGAACACCAGUGUACGUACAAGGAACGGAGAUGAAGAAGCCUGUAUCUCUCCAGCUCCCAAGGCAGAUUAGCACCGCAAAUUUACAGUGAGAUGCUGCGGGGUGGGAUUUGAUCUCCGCCUGCUGUUUAGGCAGAACACUGAAAAUACCACAUCCAGACUUGACGUUGGAUAAGCCAUUCCUGAGCUCAGACAAGCACCGUCUCUCUAACUUGUGCUGAAAACUGAGUGCCACUGUGGGCACUGCAGAGCUGCCCGGGGCUCCUGCCCAGACCUGGCAGUGCCAAGCAGGGGCUGCACGCCUCCCAGCCUUCCCUGGCCAUUGCUGCUCACCCUCUGGCAUGAGCUGUACAAGGGGAGCCCAUCAGCCAAGAAGCGUGUUGUUUAUUAAGUGUUGUUAGUAAUUUGUAGGCUACAAAUAGAACUAGCUUCUUGUUUAAAGCAUUUUUAGUGCCACCGACUGACCCGACAUAUAGGAGUAAUAUUCACCAUCAUAAUCUGAUGUUACGUUUCGAGAAAGUGCAGCUGUAUUAUACUGUAAAUUGACUUUGUCGUAAUUUUAUUGAGAUUAUUUUUGUAAGGUUGUUUUGUAAAUAAAGAUACUUUACUAAACGAA